CGAAUAAAAUUGCUAAGAACUUUGUAAGUCUAUCAUUGCCCCUGAAAACCCUGGGACUGGCUCGACAACUUUUUAUCCCAUGUUACUGAGGCCUCGUAUACACGGUAUCUGGAGGCUUUGCCCCAUUGUAAGUUCGCCUCAUCAAAUACGACAUGUUUGCCCCCCGGCUACUUCUACCAGUUUACCGCCAAACCUUUAACUCGUUCCACACAAUGAAAUUACUUUCACACGAAGCGUAGCCGAGUGGAUCAGGAAUAUUCUCGCAUUCUCGCCACAUUUUGACUUUAUCUGUGAUCUAUAAUUAACGAGACACACGGCAAUUGAAAAUUAUAAAGAAGCAACAUUUUGUUAACGGUGACGUCAUCUAUGUGUCUGUCUUCCACUAGAUGAUAAGUAAGAACCAAUCGAAAUUCGAGUAUCAUUCACGCGUAAUGUACCUCGAGGUGGGGAUGAAAGGGACUGGGAAAAGUGCGCGAAUUUAAGAAUGGUUGGAGCGGCGCUGGGGAGAAGAUUGUUAGAAAUAUGGCGGCGAAAACUUCGUUGGAACAAGAAGGUACUUUAUACGAGUUGGAGAGACUACAAGAAAGAGCUGAGAGGCGAAGUGCUAAGUAUGAAGCUGACAAGAGAGAAAAAGCUGAACUUAGGGAUUUGCAAAGUAAAGUUGAGCAGCUAAGGGCAAGGAGAGAUGAACUCCGUGAGAGGCUAAAGAAUGGUCCUCAUGAAAUUCUACAAGAGUUUUCAAAGCUAGAUGAGUCCUCCAGGAGAGAUUAUUCAGCUGCCUUAAAACAGAAUGUCCUGACAGCUGCAAGAUUGUUCCGUAAAAGAAAGCUGGCUGAUCUUUGUGAUAUAUACAGAUUGAUGGGUAUUUCAGUAGUAUCACAACAAGCUAAGAGAACUUGCUUCAGAUGUGAGACCUUUUUUAAUGCUAGAUACUAUGAACCAUAUUACCUUGAAGUGGAGUUGAAAGACAAUAAUUUAAAGAUUCACAAGCACACUGUACCUUAUUUCAUACCUGUUGAUGCAAUUAGUCAGCAGUACUUAAACACUGACAUCAAGAGGUUUCUCAUGAUCAUAUGUGAGCAGCUGAAUGCUUUUGUGGUGAGAAGGGAGCAGGUUUGCCUUUGUCAAGAGCAGCAUGGAGAUAAACUGGAAGGAGAAAUAUCUUGCAGCCCCUCACAUGAUUUUGUGCAGCUGAAAUUAAAAGCUGCAGAGGGUCAAGCUAAUGGCACUGUUAUAAAACUAACAUAUAAGGGGCUCACAUCAAUGCGACCAUCCCAUGUUGAUAUAGUCACUGAAGAGAAAAGUGCCUCAGCAUUGAGAAGACUUCAAGGAAAGAGAAAGUUAUUUGAAGAUCUCUACCUCCAUCAAGCCUUUGCAGAAGCUUUUAAUGAAGAGUUUGAAGCUUGAAUAAAUUAUUUUGAUAUUAUAGGUUCUGGUAUUUUGUAGGCCUAAGAGAAUUUCUACUUGGCUAAUUCAAGAGCAAUUGCUUAAC